GCAGAAUAACAUCGUCAGCGAUCAGCCAUUGUCGUGAGAUGUGAAGAUUUUUCUCGUGGUUUGUUCGUCGAGGCAGCUUAACAAUUAUUGUAGACUGAGGAAAAACUGUUGACAUUACGAUGCACACGAUCCCGGAAUUAGGUACUACUGUACCGGCGUUCCUUGCCAAGCUCUGGAAGCUGGUUGAAGAUCCCGAAACCGACGACCUUAUUUGUUGGUCACCCAAUGGAAGAAGUUUCUUCAUUAGAAACCAGGCACAAUUUGCCAGAGAAUUAUUGCCACACUAUUACAAACAUAACAACAUGGCUAGCUUUGUUCGUCAAUUAAAUAUGUAUGGCUUCCACAAGAAGGUUUCUGUGGAAUUGGGUGGUCUAAAAUGUGAUAGAGAUGAAAUGGAGUUCGCGCACCAGUUUUUUUGCAAAGGACAUCCAUAUCUUGUAGAACACAUUAAAAGAAAAAUUGCAUCCAGUAAAGGACAAGACCCUUCACUUACACCCAUUAAACCAGAAUUAAUGAAUAAAAUGCUAACAGAAGUCAGAAGUAUGAGAGGCCGUCAAGAACAUUUAGACUCUAGGCUUGGAGCUAUGAAAAGAGAGAAUGAGGCCUUGUGGCGGGAGCUAGCGAUGCUCAGGCAAAAGCAUCUGAAGCAGCAGCAAAUUGUUAAUAAGCUUAUACAUUUUUUAGUCACUUUGGUACAACCAUCGCGGAGCGGCGGUCUCUCUGUUAAAAGAAGGUAUCCAUUGAUGAUAGAUGACUCCAACCGUCAACGUAAACAGAGCAAAUUGUCGAAGGCACAAGCAUCGCCUACAGGGCCCGUAAUUCACGAGCUUGAUGCAUCUGACCCAGAUUUAGACUCAGAAUAUAUAGUUGCAGAGAUGCUAGAAGGAGAUUCAAAUCCAGCGAUUCAAAGUCCAGAACACAAUUCUGCGUCAGUAAUAGACGAAAACAAUAUGGAGACUAUUCACUUAGUCGACGAUUCUGUGCAGUUACAUGAUGACAUACAACUGGUCAAUCCGCAAGAGAUUGAUGCUCGAAAGAAACGUGGAUGUAAGGGUAAAAAAAAGAGGAAAAACAAGGUGCCCGUCAAAAUUUUGAUCCCAUCAACGAAGAAUGGAGAGGAACCGAGGGAAGAAACACAUAUGCUUGAAAUCCCACUUGAAGAAUCACCAGUGCCCAGCGUUGUAUUGGAAAAUAGAUCAGCACCUAAGCCAGUACCUGUUGCAACUGUACGCAGUUCGAAACUCGCAGCUAUGGCGGCUAAUAUGAAUAAAGGAAUCGAAGCAGAAUCUGACCUCGAUUUGGAAACUACUGGGGACAUAGAGGAAGAUGCUCAGGAGAAUGUCUCCAAUUUGAUAAAACUCGAGGACAUCCUGAUAGUACCGGAAAUCAUCGACGAAGAGAACAACAAGAGCGCGGAUAACAACGAGAUCGGAGAGCACGGCGAGAAUAAUGGAAAUUUAAAAAUCAGUGAAAACCAUAACGCAUUUGAUCAGCUCAAUAAUGUGGAUGAAGGCACUAGGCAAGGCAACCAGAGAGGUACACGCGUAAACAAUGCUAAAAAAUCUCUGGAGAAAGAAAAUACCAAUUCUAAUGGAGCAGGCACAAGUAUUCAAUUAUCUUUGAGCUGUAUCAAUGGCGUGGCUGAUGCUGCUUACAGGUUAGGAUCAAUGGAGGAUAUGGAUAAUCAUCUCGAAUCAAUGCAGACAGACUUGGACAAUUUACGUGAUAUCCUACGGGGUGAGGGCUAUAGUAUCGAUGCAAAUACACUUCUUGGUUUAUUUGGAGCAGACGAUCCGAUGUCGUUUAGUAUGCCUGUUAAUCCAGAAUUGAACCCACAUUCUGAGAGAGAAGAUGACGAUCAUGCUAACCUUGUAGACAACGUUAACGGAUCAGUCGGAGGCGAACUGAUGGCAUAUAAUCCAACGCAAAACUUACUAGAUUUUGAUGACGACAUGUUCCUGGAUGCGACAUCACCUCAAACCAGUACGGCGUGCAACGCAUCAACGAACAGUCUUUACGCUUCAAAUUCCCUCGAAUUGGAAGAUAACAAAGCUUCGCUACUCGAUUCUUUAACAAACGAUGUUGACAUUUCAUCAUAAAGUCUUACUCCUAUGCCUUGGAAGACGACUGCUGGAUUUUAAAUUGCUUCGUUGGUAAUGCCUUCAUUUUAAUUAACAGUAAAUAUGAAAAAAGUGAGCCCUGUAACAAGUUUAAUAUGCAAAAAGAAAGAGAGGAAAGGAAAUUUCGAGGCACGCGCAGUGGUCGGGAUAAGAAUUACUUCAGGAAAAAGAAUUUGUUCGGAACGAAAUUAUACGGUGUCAUAUUUGAGAAGAACUAGUGACAUUAAACCUAUUCUUAACACUGUCGUCACAAAAUAAUGAACAACAUGAAAAAAAUGCAUUACAUAUGUAUAUGUAAUUAAAGAGGAAACGAUUUCCUGCUUUUACUGAUUUGUAUAUAAUCACACAAAAUAACUAACGCAUCGAUAAAGAAUCGAUAUAAGAUGUUUGAAAAGAAUUAACAUUUUUUACUUAGAAUGUGUCUAGAACACAAUAUUAGAAAGUAAAUAAGAUACGGUGCGAUGAUGCGUAUACACAUGUAUAUGUGUAUAUCUAUAUAUAAAGGGAGAGAGAGAACAGUGUGUUAAAAUUGACGUGUCACUAUACUUUUCCUAAUUGUUAUUUUGCUGUGGUACAAGGUUUAACUAAGAAAAAGUGAUAACAAGAUAAGAUUUCAGUGUCCUUUGUUUGCAUAUCAUCGUUACUCUUACUUCUAUUGAAAGAUUUAAUUAAUUUUGAUUCAAAUCCCCACGAUGUACUCUCUAAUUACAUUAAAACCUUAUAUAUUUGUUUUCCCAUGAAUUGUGUAAGUACAAUAAAUAACUGGUGCGGCGUACCAUUACAGAAAGCAUUAUAUUUUCUAUUUUCGGUUAACUAUUUUUUAUAGAAGAUAUUUUGCACCGAAUUAACAAAGAUGUAUUAUGUUCAACACUGAAACCUUCACCUUGAAUCUUUAACAUGUACAAAUUGACCAUUUGAGUUUCUAUGUAUCAAAAAAUUCUAGAAUCAGAUUAGUAUAUCGUAUAUAUACUUACCAUUCAUUAUUUUAAUCUAGCGAUAAGUAGUGUUUUUAUAUUCGUUUGCCGAGAGACGUAUUCGUAUUACAUUACAAACUCAUGAAAACCUUGGUACAUAUAUGUAAAGUAAUUCCAUGUAUGUACAGUGAAGUGUUACCCAUACAUUUCUUAAUGUAUUUUACUUCUGUAUCACUUCAAAGUCUAUCUCAGUAUAUUUUGUAGUUUUAUAAAUUUAGUUCACAGUUACAUUACUUAUGUAUGCAUUAACUUCGAUAUUAUUGCUUAAUUAAUAAGUGUUUAAUAGAGAAUGUAAACUUAAUGAUAAUAAUAUAGAUUACAGACGACUUCUUUUUGUUCUAAAUGGCUUGAAAAUGAAAAAAAGAAACGUUGUUGUUGAUCUUCUAUGGAAUGUAUUUUUCACGCUAUCGAAAAUGAAACUAUAUACUUUCAAAUAUUUUAAAUAUUUCUGAUUAGCGACAAGUUUUGCGCAACUUAACGAUGCAUACCUAAUGAAUUAUUUCUUUAAUUAUAGAGCGAUUCCUUUAUUCGUAGAAGAUCAAUGUGUAUAAAACGAUCAACUAAAAUCAAAUGAAUGUGUAACUUGUGCAAAAGUACAGUUGAUACUACACUGCUUGUAGGUAUCAGAUUUUGUGAUACAUUAAACAUUUUGUACAAAAGGAUAGGUUCUAAUGAGUGAUGAACGAACGAUGACUCGUCGGCUAUACUUUAUGGAUUUGUGUGUUUUGCUACUAAUUAUAAAAAGACACUGAUUAAAAUAGGAUUAAAGAAGCCUGUUUUGUGUGCGAGCAUCGGUGAACACUCGAGGGGAACAGAGAAAUAUUGAAAAAACGUUCACCGUCUUUAGUCGCCUAAAAACCCACCGUGGACAAAUCGACGUCUACACUUUCUUUACUGUAUCACAAAUGGAAAUUGACUUUAUUCUUCCCUCUAAUAACAAAUACUGUCACGAUAAAUACAAUAUAUUUAAAGGAAAACGAUCAAUUAAAGAUUAUGACGAUAUAUCUUUGAAUUCGCAAUAUUUAUGGAAAUUACUUUAUUCGACACAAAUAGACUUUUAACUACCAUUAAAAACAAUGUUAAUCUUGUUUGUUUUCAAAUAAAAUUUAGAAAUCGUUUACAUAA